UUACUGAACUCAACCAAUCAUUAGACUCACUGUUAACCUGAAGCGCACAGGAUGGACGCUGCGUACAAAAAGAUCAAUGGGGACCAUGAGCCAUUGGAGGAAUCAGGGACUAGGAAAAGAAGAGGGUCCAUGUAUUUGGAGGAAGAGACCAGUAAGACAUCUGAAGUCAUCUCCUGCAUCUUCUCCCUGAAAGAGGAGGUCGGAGCUUUAGCCAGGGCUCUCAGACUGUUCGAGGAGAAGGGAAUCAACCUGAUGCACAUUGAGUCCCGCCCCUCCAGGAUGAACAAAGAGCAGUACGAGUUCUUCAUCAGUGUGGACCCCUCGUCCUCUCAGGCUCUGGACGAGGCCAUAGACAGCCUGCGCACACAAAUCAGUGGUCAAGUACAUGAGCUAUCACGAAACAAGAAGAAAGAUACAGUGCCAUGGUUCCCCAACGACAUCCAGGACCUGGACCGCUUUGCAAACCAGAUCCUGAGCUAUGGCUCGGAGCUUGAUGCGGAUCACCCAGGCUUCACAGAUCCAGUGUACAGAGCUCGCAGAAAAGAGUUUGCAGAUAUUGCUUACAACUACAGACAUGGACAACCUAUACCCAGAGUGGACUACACAGAGGAGGAGAAGGCCACAUGGGGCACUGUGUUUAAGGAGCUCAAGUCUCUGUACCCGACCCAUGCCUGUCGGGAGCACAACCGGGUCUUUCCACUUUUGGAAAAGUAUUGUGGCUACAGGCAUGACAACAUCCCUCAACUGGAGGAUGUGUCCCGCUUCCUGCAAUCAUGCACGGGGUUCCGGCUUCGUCCUGUAGCAGGAUUGUUGUCAUCCCGGGACUUUCUGGCAGGUCUUGCCUUCCGAGUUUUCCAUUCGACACAAUACAUUCGUCAUGGCUCCAAACCCACAUACACCCCAGAACCAGAUAUCUGUCAUGAGCUUCUUGGACAUGUUCCUCUGUUUGCUGACCCAGGGUUUGCUCAGUUCUCACAGGAGAUUGGACUGGCAUCCCUUGGAGCCCCUGAUGAGUUCAUUGAGAAACUUGCAACUGUGUACUGGUUCACUGUGGAGUUUGGGCUGUGCAAGCAAGGAUCUGAGAUCAAAGCCUUUGGUGCUGGUUUGCUUUCAUCAUUUGGAGAGCUGCAGUACUGCCUGACGGACAAGCCACAACGGAUGCCAUUUGAACCGGAAAAGACAUGUCUCCAGAAAUACCCAAUAACAGAGUAUCAACCAGUGUACUUCAUUGCUGAAAGCUUUGACGAUGCCAAGGAGAAAGUCAGGAGAUUUGCAAGCACAAUUCCCAGGCCAUUCACUGUUCGCUACAAUCCAUACACCCAGAGUGUGGAAGUACUGGAUAACACGCUGCAGCUCAGAAACCUGGCAGAGAGCAUCAAUGGUGAGCUGAGCAAACUGUGUGAAGCCAUGAGAAAAUUAGAGUAAUUAGUGGAUAAAUAUUACUGAACAUUUACUUUGCUGCUGCCUCUUGCUGUUACUGAUACAAUCAAAUACCUUUCUUGUUUUAUAUAUAACCAUAACUAUAUUAUUUGCUUCUACCAGUACUACUACUACUACUACUACUACUACUACUAGAACUUGUGUAACACUCUCCUUAAAUCAUAUCAGUAUAGUAGAUAACAAAUGUCUGAUGUAUGUUUAUAACAAUAUUAUAGUCUUUAAGUUACUGAUGUUUUUUUUUUUUUUUUAGUUUUUUUUUUUAUAUAUGAAGACUUGUGAAAUUACAAUUUUCCUCUU